AUGUUGAUGAUUUUAUUCCCGAGGAGCGUGACGCAUCUCAUUCCCCCAGAUCUUACGCGACGACCUCGGGACAAGCGGCUUGAAGCUUCGUGGACGUCCAAUCAACACCGUGCUUGGCUUCGAGCCAACCGCGAAGAUGAAUUUCGUGCCAUGCACAUUGUUGCUCUUAUCGAAGGCGUCGAGCGUGUACUUUGCUCUCUUCGAUUCUACAAGGAGACUGGAUUAUUCUGUGCUACACCAGGGUUUUCGGCACCAAUCGUCGAUCCAGAAAAUGACCCAGAUCUACUUAUCAAAGGCCCCAAGCUGUCGACGUACCAUAUAUCGACUCCUGGCGGCUCACUCUAUGAGUAUGUGCUAGACAGCAUGCAUGACCUUCUUCCGCUUGCUUCUUCCGAAGACCAAAGACUUUCUCGAGACAUUCGCUUGCAAGAGGAGAAGCGCGACUUUGCGGAGGUGUCUCGAUGGCAGCUACUGAGUCAGGAUCCAAAGUUAUCCGAAGCAAAAAGUGUUGACUGCAAUAUGCAGCGGAAGAUGAUGAUAUCGCUGGAAGUGGCUGCGGUCGAUAAUCCGCAAACAACUGACUCGAUCUUUGUGGAGUAUGAGCUUGAGCUACCCGGUCGUGCUGGACACUCUCAGUGGAAAUUACAGCCUGGUAAUUAUACUAGGAAGCGUGGCAAAACCCCGUUAUCGUUACAUCAGCGGUCCGAGUAUCCUGGGUGUUUGACUUCCGUAGCGUUUGGGUGGCAUCAGCACUUCAAUCUGAAACUUGUUAAGGAUGAAGCAUUAAAUGGCGCAGACGAGGGGGAUGACGACAUUGUUCCGUGUCCAGUCCUCCACUUAAGCGUGUAUUCUCGAGAUUCGUGGCGAAGGAAAAGAACACAAGGCCAUGGUGAGAUAAAACUAGGGAAUUGCUCCGGAUUUUACGAUUCCGACGUUCCUAUUCGCAAACCGAUUACCUCCAUUAGUGACCGGAUGGAAGAACUCUUUCUGGGCAUCGAUGAAAGUAUUGAAGAUGUCGAGCUCACAAGAGGUCAAUUGCGGGAGGUUAAUACCGACGAUUCUCCUUUAUCCACCAUGAUUACGAGUCGACUAGGACAGAAAUCGGAAUCCACUGGCACAACGGUUCGAGUUCGCUGCAACAUCGUCGACCUACAGCCAUCGAAGCAUCCUAGUAUUGGACGGCUAUCGUCUGCACCAAUGACUACAUCCGUAACAAAUACUCGCAUUGUAAAGCGAAGCGUCCAAGAAAUUCUGCAAUCGGUUAAAUUAGAAAAACGACUAGCGAGUAUAACAGACCCCCGUAUUCAGGCGGCACUGCGCUCACUACCAAUAGACAAAAGUGAUCUUGUUUAG